CCGAUUGGUGAAUCGCGUUUCGGACGAGCAGCGUCCGAGAACCGCGUCGGUCGCAUUCAUCCCGAUAUCGCGUCCUCGCAGAUACGACACGAACCCUCACGUGGCGGAGAGGACAUGCGCGCACCCUCGGCAAAGCCGCGACGCUAUAUAAGAGAAGAACGCGAGUCUCCGAGUCUCAGUUCGCUCACGAAAGCGUGCGAAAUACACACGGCAAACCCGGCAAUCAACGACAAAUUGAUAAAACGCGUGUUUGCGAUUAAAACUGUUCUUCUGGCACACAAGGAUGAACAACUUGGAGAAAGACAGAAAAAGCAUCCUGUAACUAAUAAGAAUACAGAACAGUGGAGAACGGGUGAAAAUAAAAGAUCAACGACCGAUCUACAACGAAGCACUAGUUUCUCUUCGAAAGCAUCGUUUUACGCAAGUAUAAGCACAGUGAAACGAGUGUGGAAUCGAUUAGCCGCACAGAAAUUGAUCAACCGUGACAAAAAGGGCGCGCAUUUGCCAUCGUUUACGCGAAAGUCAGCGAGUCAACGACUGAGCGCGAUCGAACGAAACUCGAGUUGAUCCUGAACGAACGAGUUCUAAUCGAACGAAACGAAAUUUGCGAGCUGGCUAACCGAACGGUGCAGAUUUUCGUCCGCGAUCUCGAUCGAAUCGGUGGCUUUCGUACGUCACUGAGAAUGGAGGACACGACUAGAUUGACCGAUCCGGAAGACGAUCGUCGCCGAGAGCAUCAAAAGGGCGACGGUAAACGAAGAGUCAGCCCGACCGUGGGUCCUGGUUCUUCGAAACAAGAAUUUGGAGACGACGAGUGCAGCACGGACAGUGGUUGCAGCAGCGGUGGAAGUACCGGAAGCGCGGAAAGACUGUCGCGUCGCGGAAGCAGCGAACGAUUAUGCCGCGCCACCAGAUCGCCGAGAACCCAUUGCUACCUGGACCGACUUCGUGGCCGACCAACUCGUUCUCAGGAGAGACUUUCUAGCAUUCAAAGAAGUUCGGAGCGAGUUCGAGCCAAGUCCUCGCGUUCUUGGAGCCCUGGAGACGUUAGAGGCGUUGGAAGAACUUCGGAGUCGCUUUCGUACUCCUCGAGUCCAUCGGACGCCCACAGCAGCACCGACAGCGACUCGUUGAAAAGAUCCAGCACGGCAGAUGCUCUUCGAAGAGCGCUUCAAACUCUCAAGAUAUCCUCCAAGUGGGAAGGGAAGGAGAACAAGCACGCGAAGAAGAGCCCUAAGAGAAUCCUACGCAGUCCGGUGUCCUACACGUACGUCAGAGGUCUUUCGGGCCUACCGACGCAGAGGGUUCCAAGGAACAUGGCACAGCAAUUGACGAUGCCCUGUUCCUGUCAAGAUACCGUUGGUCUCUACCGAUAAGAAGCAAUCACGAUCGAUGGCGAUUCGAGUCGAAGCCGGUUCACUCGGUUCAUCCAAGUUUCAUCCGUUUUACACGAUACACUCGCUCAAUUCCGGUCUCUCUCUCUUUCGCCCUCUUUCUCUCUCUCUCUCUCUCUCUAUCUAUCUAUCUAUCUAUCUAUCUGUCCAUCUCUCUAUCUAUCUAUCUCAUUACAAACGAUUUCGAGUUUCGUUGCGCGAUCGUCUCGAUAUUAAAUCGCGCAUACAACCGAACGGACCUUCCGCUGUUGGACCAUUCUUUGCGUACGAGAUGUUUGCUCGCACGAUCUACACGAAUUCGUAGCACACGCUUCCGUUUCCGUACUUUCUACUUUUGUCAAUCGCGGCCGUUUCCUCGCCGCUGUUUUUUCAAACCUCGACCAAACGAGUGGAUCAAAAUGUAUACGAACUUAGAGCGAUACGAGCGAAAUAAUUGUAACGGACGCAUCUUUCGCUCUCCCGGAAACUUCGCGGAAAGCAUAUCCGGCGCGCUUCUUCCUCCGUCGAGAUUUUCUUUCGUUGCAGGCCGAUCGUAUUCGAUUGGCCGUUGGUCGCUUGGGAGAGAAGAAGGCGAAAAGUGCGGGAAAGUUGCGUUCGUCGUAGGUAGAGGUGCGUCGACGUACAAGUACAUUGUGUUUUAAGUUGUUGGUCUCUUAUUCGUAAACGAGAUAGAUCACGUAGACAGAACGUAGCCAUGUAAGCAUGUAUGUACCUACCUUUUGUAGCAAACGAUUAGUACACUCGAUAAAAACAUGUACAAUAGCGAUACCAAUUACGUUACACGCCAACGAAUUCCAUAGUUGACGAUUAAUCGGCGAUGCGUUUCGAUCGCAAGUGCAAAGAGGAAUAAAACAAGAUGGAAGAAACACAUUCUCAAUGCGCUUCUAUCGAAACGUCGUUUCGCGAAAAGUUAUUAUAUCGUCGCGAAACCGAGGUCGGUUAUCGCGAUAUACGAGUCAAUUACGUGUGAACGCGUCGAGAUCGCUCAACUCUGGUGCUUUUUUUAUAAGGAACGAAUGGAUGGAAACGAUCGUCGAAAGAAUCGAAACGAAACGUUCGCGAUCUCGCGCGAUCUUUAUCGCUAACCGUCCGACGUAACGUUCGGUCGUGAAUAUUUCAGAUAGAUUAGAAUUACUUGUUCGUUAAGGAUACUUUUAAAACAUAUCACGAUUCGCAAAUGGUAUCGUGAACUUCGUUCAGCGCAAUCGUUCGCUCGAGACUAGCAAAUUCGAGCGUGUGCGUGCUACGGCGAGACGUUAAACGAGUUUGCGAAGUUUCUGUUCCUUCUUUCGCAAGGCCUGCUGUGCUAACAGACGCUUGGCGAGUGUCGCGAUGAAAAAGGAGCGGAUCGUUCUGUUUUCGACCUCGUUUUCGUUCCAGUUUCAUUCUCACGCAAGACGAGAAUAACACGGACAAUAACGAUACUCGAAAGACGGACGCCGGUGAGUCGAACGGUUGCGGCGAAACGAAUCCGAACGAAACCAUGGCGAAGGGAAAUCUUUUUCUUAAACUAUCGUCGAAAGUUCUCAUUUACGUGAAGGCGAACGUAAUCGCGGAACGUAUACGCGAUCUUUCAGUGCCUUGUAAAUAUUUACCGCGUGAGUUACAUGGUAUGUCGCGAAAAAAUUGGCACACAGAUGUACGAUAUCUUGCGAGGAGAAAAAAUAGAACGCUAACACACGCCUAAUAAAUGUCUUCGCGAAUUCGAAUUCGCGUAUGCGCGAUGAUUCUCGCGCGAAAAUACAAGAACAGAAAAAAAAAGCGAGAAUGACAGAAUAUGCGAGAAAUGCAGAUUCUCAGGACUGAAUAUUUUAUAUUAAGUAUUACCUAUGUCGAUA